CCCAAUUAUUAUUACUAGCACGGAGUAUCUCUUAAAAUUCUUUCAUACCGUAUAAUAAAGGGACACAUCAUAACAAUAUCAUAACUAUUGUUCGUGCACAUUGUUUACCCGACAUGCAACUAACCAACCAACUCUCAACCGCCGCUCUCGGCGGCAUGAGUGGCCUCCCCGCCGCUGCCGUAGCAAACAAUUCGCGUCCAGCCGCCGUCAAGGCCAACACAAACGAUACCAUCCAGAGCCUAACUAACAGGGCUUCAACCGGUGCUGCAAAACUGGCAGAGACCAUGUCCGGCCUCCUCAACAACCUUCAAAUUGAGGUUCCCGACGUCAACAUUAACGGCGCCAAAUCGAGGGACCAAACAAUAAUGAGCAUCCAGGACAUGGAAGACACGCCGGCGAUGUCUCCGAGGGAGAAUAUAUCAUCGGAGUGGAGAGAAAUCCACGGCUGCCGUGAAUGGGAAGGCCUCGUCGACCCGCUCCACCCAUGGCUAAGACGGGAAAUCAUCAAAUACGGCGAGUUCGCUCAGGCGACGUACGACGCCUUCGACAUGGACCCGUAUUCCGAAUAUUACGGAAGCUGUCUGUACGGCCGCCGCGAAUUUUUCGACAAGGUGGGGCUCACCCGGAACGGAUACAAGGUUGUCAGUUACAUUUACGCCAUGUCGUCCCAUAUUGACGUUCCGGAAUGGUUGGAGGGGUCAACCCUGGUCAACGCGUGGAGUAAAGGGUCAAACUGGAUAGGGUUCGUGGGGGUGAGUGACGACGAGGAGACGCGGCGGAUCGGGCGGAGGGAUAUAGUGGUGUCGUGGCGGGGGACGGUGACGCCGUCGGAGUGGUCGGAGAAUAUGCAAAACAAGUUGGAGGCGUUCGGGCAGGGCGAGGCCAAAGUGGAGUACGGUUUUCUGAGCAUUUACACGUCCAAAAGAGACGGUUCAAGAUACAACAAGGAAAGCGCCUCGGAACAAGUCAUGAGGGUGUUGCGUAAGAUGGUUGACUUCUACAUCAGCAGAGGCGAGGAGGUCAGCCUCACGGUGACGGGGCACAGCCUCGGCGGCGCUCUCGCCGUGCUCAACGCGUAUGAAUCGGCGGUCCACUUUCCGGGAGUGCCGGUGACGGUCAUAUCCUUUGCUGCCCCAAGAAUAGGCAACCUAGCAUUCCGGGAUGAGGUAUACCAAAAGGGAGUUAAAACGUUGAGAGUGACAGUGAAGCAAGACAUAGUACCAAAAUGGCCCGGGGUUGUAUUCAAUGAAGGACUACAAAAAUAUGACGAUUUAACGGGUCCAUUAGAGUGGGUUUACACACACAUUGGGGCAGAAUUGAAGCUAGA